AUGUCUUAUAUGGUACCGAAGGUAUCGUUGGUGAAUAAUGAAAAUAUAAAUGAACCAAAGAUACGAAAUAUAGAACUAAUGAAGUUAACACCUACACCCGAAGGUAGUUCUUGGUUCAAAUUGGAAAGAAAUAUUGCUGAAGCACAGAUCAAGAGUACUGUUGCAGACAAUAAUUACAGCAACAAAGAAACAAUAAUUCCCAGCAUAGAUACAAACCAAAACAAAACAUUACAGAUACGAAGGUCGAAUCCUCUUACAUCAGGUACUGAACGUUUGCUAAUGUUAUUAAAAUCAAAAUCGAAACCAAAACCACAGUCAAAAGCAAAGCAAGAACAACAGCUUGCUCGAAAUGCAUUUUCACAACUACCUCAACAAACAGAAGUGAAUAUAUCAUUGGAUAGAUUCACACAGUCACAACCUCAGUUAGAAGCACGAACUUCGUUAAUUGGGAAACCUUCAGAGAGUUAUAUGCCACCACUAGGACACAAUCAGAAUAAUAUAUCAGGAAAUAUGGAAAAUAAUUCAUUCAGUUCACCUCUGACAAAUACAGUUCACAAACCUAUUCACGAAUCCCAAGGGCCCAAUAUAGUACCGGAAAGAACAUUAGGAUUACCUGAGGAACGCACCAAUAAAUCACAAAGGUCACAAUCAACACUAGAAUCACCAUUGAAUGUAACAGAGAGAUUACAUAAUAAUAUUCCAAACACAGUUAUUGCACAUGAUCAUGUAAAUGUUAAUACAACCAAAACAGCGCCAAUUGAAGGGUUUCUGAAUGAUAUACCGAAUUCCAAUUUUAGGAUAAAUCCAAACUCCAAUGCUUACGAUGAUAGAAAUUCGAAUAAUCAAAAACAAAAGAAGUCUUUAUUUGUUCAAGAUAGCGAAACAGAAUUUACCGCAUUAUCCGAUACUUCAAGUCCAAGAUCAGAAUAUGUUCAUAAUGUUCAAUCGAAAGAUGAAGAAACGGAAUCAGAACAUGAUGAGGACCAGAAAACACAACUGAUUGGUGGUGACAAAAUAGAAACAGAUCGGGGCCGCGCACUAUUUGUGAGAGAUGAAGAUGAAAUGGAGUUGAAUUAUACCGGUGCUUAUAACCCUGAUAUUGCUCCACACUCUAGGAAGCUUGCCGAAAUUGCAGAUAAAAAUCAAAAUAUUGAUUUAGAAGAUGCUUCCAGGCCACCCAUUAUUUCUUUAAUUGGUGACACUAUGACCAAAACUGAUUUAAAUGAUAGAGGAAAUAAAAGACGGACUGGAGGUAGCAUGAAAAUUGUAAAUUUUUUGAAUGUAGAAGAAGUUGAAUUCCCUGAAUAUUCUGUCGAGAAGCCUGCAAUAUCAGAUAAAGCAAGAAGUAGAUUUGAUGAAAUUCAACAAAUACCGAAACCAAAUGUCUCAGCAAAUAUUCUGGAUAUUGACAAGAAUGAAAAUCAAGAUUUUAUUAGAAAUUCAUCCAGUGAACUUAAAGAAACAUCACAAGAUAAUUCCAUUAAAGAUGAGAAAAUAGAUAAAGCUGGUGAUAACUUGCAAAAAUAUGAUAACAGGAAAGUAUUGCCAAUGGAAGCAAUACGAAGAAGGAUAGAAGAAAUAGAUAAUGAAGAAUUAAAGUUGAAAUUACAAGAUGAUACAAAAUACGAUGUAACAAACGGAGCAAUGUCGGCACUAGAAAAAGUACAAGAAGAGAGACCAGAAGUCAGUUUAAGUAAAAAUAUAGAGGAAAAUACUAACAAGAAUGAAUACAAAGAUAAUGAGAUUCAACCGACGCCUUUGACUAUCUCUGCCAGUAAUGAAAGCACUAAUGAAGAAUCGUACAAUUCAGAAAUAGAAUCCCAAGUUAAAAAUGAUUCGAAACAUAGAUUUGAGAAUAUUCAAAAUAAUACAUCGAAGGAAAGUGGAAGAGGAGAAGAUAACCAGUUCAAUUUUGGAAAAAGGAAUUUAAAGGAAAAUGGACAGGUUGUUGGCGAUUUGAAGACUCCAGAUAAAGUAAUUGAGAUAAAUGCCCACUUGACCAAUAAAGCAGAAGAUAAUGAACCAGACGCAACUAAAUAUUCACAAACAAAGCAUACAACUAGAAUAUUGAGGAAAAAUCAAUCUGAAACAUCCGAUUUACCUAAUAAGAUUAAUAAUAAAAGAAAGAUAAGCGAUACCGCAUUAGAUAUUGUCAGGGCAAAGGCACCUAGAAUUACAUCAUUUAAGACUCAAAUGUUAAAAGGUUCUGUGGUAGAAAUAAUGAAUGAGAACAAAGAUAUUUCAAAGUCUGUCGAUAACUGCAGAUCCGACAGUUUAAGAGUCGUACACAUAACUGAGUCUGAUGAUAGUUCAGUAGAGGAUCAA